AUGGAUAUUUCCAAUGAACAAUCAAUAUAUAAUCAAGGUUCGAAAUCUGUUGUGAAUAAAAGUGAUAUAAUAAAGAAGAUCAUUGAAUAUAAAUGUGCAGCUCCAUCUGCGUUUGCAUGGGAAAUUCGUGAACAUCUUAUCAGAGAAAUGAAUUACAAUCUCGAAGAUCUUCCAAAUGUCUCGGCGAUCCAUAGAAUUCUUCAAAAUCUGGAUUUGACUUUGAAGAAUAUGAAUUCCGAAGAGAAACCACAAGUGAAUGAAACAAAUCGUGAAUACUAUCAAGCUUUAGUAGAUCAUCUCAAAGCGAAUAAUCGACUUGAAUCGGAUCUUUUCAAAGUACAAAAUGAACCAAUGAUAUUGACAAAACAACAAAAAGAUACUUUAGAAGAAGUUUUCAAUGUGACUCAUUAUCCAGAUCUACAUCAACGUGAAAAACUUGGAAUCAGAUUAAAUCUCCAUGAAGCGAAAAUUCAAGUAGAAAUGAAGAUUUUCAUUUGA